AGCACUACUCGAGAGGCGGCGGCGGCGGCGAGGGGAGGUGGGUAGUGAUGCGGGACAUCGUCAUCAACAACAAGACGGUGUGCACGACGCCGGGGCCGAUGCUGGUGGCGACGUUCGCGGUGUCGCCCGACCUGCGCACGACGGAGAAGUUCAUGGUGACGACGACGGUGCUCAUGACCUUCCUCGGCGCGGCGCUGUUCGCCGUCGGCGUCCUCGGCCGCUUCUCCGGCAGGCACAGGGGCCACUCGUCGGCGACGCGCAUCUUCUUCAGGGCCUCCUUCGCGCUCUUCCUCCCCUUCAUGUCCUUCAUGUUCUCCCAGGCCAAGGGCAGGGACCUCCCCUUCCGCGCCUACCUCAUCCUCCUCUGGAUGCUCCUCGUCGAGCUCCUCCGCAAGAAGGUCUUCGCCAUGGUCGCCCCCGCCGGCGACGCCUUCUCCCGCGGCGUCGGCAGGUACAGCCUCUUCGACGCCGUCGAGGACGCCGCCCGCAUGAUCUGGAUCGGCUACCUCGUCUACUCCUACGUACACGGCUUCGCCGUCAAGUCCCUGUUCGUCAUCCUCUGGAUCUUCAGCGUCGCCAAGCUCUGCAAGCGCGCCGCCUGCAUCCACCUCGCCAAGGGCUCCUUCGACCUCGCCAAGAACGCCACGCUCGUCUCCGGCUACAUGGCGCAGCUCGUCGGGGAGCACCGCCAGCUGGACCUGCAGGUUGUCGACGACGGAGGCGACGUCCGCGGCAACCGCACCAUGAGAGCAUGCAACUACACGGUGAUGGGUGAGAGCGAGCUCAAGAUCAACCGGACGCCGCACGGCUUCGAGAUCGACGGCCUCGAGGACAUCCUCGCCGCCGGCGGGACGAGCGGCGAUGGCGAUGGCAAUGGCAAGACGGAGGAGCAGCUGGUCCGAGUGAGCACCAUCUGGAAGCUCGCCGAGAGCGACCCGCUGUUCAAGUACAACGUGCGGAGGAGGCAGAAGCUGGAGGACAUCUGCCUGGGCAUAGCGCUCUACAAGCUGCUCCGGCGGAGGAUAGAGCGGUGCCACAUGGCGGAGAGAGGCACACCGGAGGCGCGGGCGUUCGUCCUCAGGGGCCUCCUCGCCCUCGGCGGCGGCGACCGGGGCGGCGAGGCCGCCGACGCCGAGAGGGCGUUCGACGUGGUGGAGAUGGAGCUGAGGUUCUUGGUGGAGUACUACCAGGCGAUCAUCCCGCUGGCGCUGCCGAAGCCGGGGAUCUUCAUCGCCAACUUCGCCUUCUCCGUCGUCUUCAUCCUCCUCUACUGCAUCGCCGUGCUGCUCGUCACCGGCAACGGCAACAUGUUCAGGGUGCUGGGCUCCCUGUUCCGGGGAUUCAUCGGCAUCUCCAUCGACACGGUGGUGCAGUUCAGGUGCUUCCGCCACCAGGUGUCGGCGCUCGUCGGCAUGGUGUGCUCCUCCUCCGACCUCAUCGUCACCUUCCUCCUCACGCUCACCCUCUUCUCCGUCGAGACCUACGAGCUCGCGCUGUACCUGCUCUCCGACUGGUUCGCCGCCUCCAUGCUCUGCAACUACGCCCGGAUGCGGAUCAACCGCGACCACCAGCGCAGGCAGGCGGCGCAGCAGCGCCACGCCCAGCGCGCCAUCCGGAGCGGCCUCUGGGUGAGGCACCGGUCGCGCCCCGUCAUCAAGGCGCACCAGGUCACCAUGCUCAAGCUCCACCAGCUGCACCCGCGCCGCGUGUGGAUGCUCGCGUCGCGCAUCCUCUCGCGCCGCCUCGCCGGCCUCCGCCCCGCCGUCGUCACCGCCGAGGCCAAGGUGGCCAUCGUCGCGGCCCUCAAGGCCUUCCUCGAGAGCGACGGCGGCGACGGCGGCGACCUCCAGUUCACCAGCUGCGUGGCCGUCCUGCGCAGGCACGGGUUCUUCCACCACGGGCCCGAGUGGGCGUGCGACAGCAGCAAGGGCGCCGCCACGGUGAUCCUGGCGUGGCACCUCGCCACGGCGCUGCUCGAGGCCCGCUGCGACGGCGAGCCGCUGCCGCGCAAGGGCGAGGCGGCGGUGACGCUGUCGAGGUACUGCGCCUACCUGGUAUCCUACGAGCCCGGGCUGCUUCCCGACGACCCGGAGUGGACGGAGAAGGCGUACAACGACGUGAAGUCGGGCCUCGGCAGCUUCUUCCGUAGCUGCAGCUGCGCCACCGCGGGCCGGCGGGAGAAGCUGGUGCGGUUCGGCGACGACUGGGAGGCGGAGGCGCCGUCCGCCAUGGCCAGGGGGGUCAAGCUCGGGAAGCUGCUCGAGGACCGCGCCUCCGAGUCGACCGAGGGCUUCGAGGAGGUGUGGACGAUGCUUCUCGAGUUCUGGGCGGCGUUGCUCGUCGUCGUCGCGCAGAGGCCGUCGGCGGGUCCGGAGGGGCACGCGCUGGCGCUGGCCAACGGCGGCGAGUUCAUCACCCACAUCUGGGCAAUGAUCACGCACGCCGGCGUGCGUGUGCACAGGCACCACGACUAUCAGAGCUUUCCUGUCACUCAUGUGGUAUAGAUAACCACGCUUAAUUAAGCUCACAAUAAUGGAGUAGUAGCUCAAUUAGAGUUGCUUGACUUCUAAUAUAGUACUCCCUCCAUCUAGUUUUAAUAGGCAUUGUUUACACCCAAAUUUGACACCUAUGGACGAAAUAGGGGAAAAUUGUCAAAGUUUGGAAAGUACCGGGUUUCCUUCGCAGGGCCGGUCAGACCGCAGGUAUAUGGGCGGUCUGACCGGCUAGUAGGGCCGGUCUGACCG